UAGUGAGAGAAAAACUAAGGUUGUAAGUAAUAAGUUUGUGUCUUUAUAGUAUAAUGUUUUAUUUUUCUCUUAACAUUUCAUUGUUACUAAGAGAGAGAGAGAGAAAGUGUGUGUGUGUGAGAAGAUGUAACAGAGUGUUUCCACUGAAAUUCUCUGCUUCUCAAUUCUCAGAACAAAAUUGAAUAUUUUAUUUUUCUGAGGUUAUUUGAAAAUUCAAUCUUUUACCUCUGAUCCAUAUUUGGAUCAUAAGAUGGCAAAACCAGGAGUAUUAGAUUCUGAUCCAGAAGUGAUGUUAAAGAAAACCUUAGAGUUAAAGAAGGAGUUACAAAGGCUUGUGAAUUCCAUUGUUGAUGAUGAAGAUAUAAGCAUUGAAGCCAUUGAUAAAGCAAAAGAGAGUCUUUGUGUUCUUAAGGAGUUGAAAAUUAGAAAGAAAUCUUCAAUGUGUUUGAAGAUAAACAAGAAUGUUGUUCAUUUUCCAGAUGAAUUUAAAUGUCCACUUUCCAAUGAAUUGAUGAGAGAUCCUGUCAUUGUUGCUUCUGGUCAGACAUAUGAUAGAUUUUUUAUUCAAAAAUGGUUGAAUGCUGGAAAUAGGACAUGCCCUCAAACUCAUCAAGUUCUCUCAAACACUUUCCUUACUCCAAAUAACCUUAUAAGAGAAAUGAUUGAAAAAUGGUCUAAAAAUCAAGGAAUUGAAUUGUGCAAUGUUAUAAGCUAUAUAAGUGAUGAAGGUGCUAAAGAAAGUGACAAGAAUCACUUUUUAUGUUUGCUUGAGAAAAUGUCAUCAACACUUUCUGAUAAAAAAUCAGCUGCAAAAGAACUUAGAUUAUUGACAAAGAAGCACCCUUGUUUUAGAGUACUUUUUUGUGAUUUUGAAAAUGCAAUUCCUCAAUUGCUUAAGCCAAUUUGUGAAGGAAAUUCAAUUGGUAAUAGUAGUAGUAAUUCUAUUAACCAUGAUCUUCAAGAAGAUGUUAUCACAACACUUCUCAAUAUCUCAAUUCAUGACAACAACAAGAAGAUAGUAGCCGAAACACCAAUGGUGAUUCCGCUUCUUAUGAAGGCGUUGAGAUGCGGAACAAUCGAAACAAGAGCUAAUUCUGCAGCAACCCUUUUCACGCUUUCGGCUCUAGACUCAAACAAAGAACUUAUAGGCAAAUUGAACGCGUUAAAACCGCUGAUCAGCCUGUUAGAAGAAGGACAUCCUUUAACCAUGAAGGAUGUUGCAUCAGCAAUUUUCACAUUAUGUAUGAUGCACGACAACAAGGCAAGAGCCGUGAAAGAAGGUGCGAUUAGAGUGAUUAUGAUGAAGAUGAAGAACCGAGUACAUGUCGAUGAAUUACUAGCUAUACUUGCGCUACUAUCGACUCAUCAGAAGGCCGUCCUUGAAAUGGCAGAGCUCGGAGCUGUUCCUUGUCUGCUAAGCGUCAUGCGAGAGAGCUCGUGCGAGCGAAAUAAGGAGAAUUGUGUAGCAAUCCUUCAAACUAUUUGUCUUUAUGAUAGAUCUAAGUUGAAGGAUAUAAAAGAAGAGGAGAAUAGCUAUAGAACAAUAUCUGAACUUGCUAAGAAUGGAACAUCAAGGGCUAAGAGAAAAGCUAGUGGAAUUCUUGAGAGAUUGAAUAGGGUUGUUAAUAUCACACACACUGCAUAAUGUCUCUUUCUCUCAAGGUAUAUUUAUUCAUCUAUGUAUUUUUUUAAGUUAUUGUUGAAGGUGAAAAUCUAUAAGCAAUUAUGUACAUUCUUUUCUCUCAAUCAAGUUAUUCUCAUCUUAAUUUUUCAGUUACUGAAUAAUGUGAAGCUAUAAAGUUCUUCAAGUAUAUAUUAAAUAUUGUAUUUACAUUUUUGAC